CAUCAGACCCUGUCCUCCUGAGUGAGGUCCACCAAAAGGCUCUGUCCUUUGGAGAUAACUUCACUACGGGAUAACUUCACUAAGGGGCCUCAACUCACAGGCUUUUGUCAUCCUUCUGCUUGAUCUCCACCGAGAAGUCUCUGACCAUGAAGGACCGCCUGGAGGAGCUGCGUCAGAGGGCCCAGGGUUUUCGGGAGGUGAGCAGAGAGACAGAUGAUACCCCAUUCCCUGAGGAAGAUGCUAACCCAGAUGCCCCAUUGGGGGUUAAGGUCGCCACCCCGCAGCAGGCUGUGGUGUUCGAGCAAGAACCAGUCCUGCACAACUUCCUGUCCGAGGCUCAGCAUAUCCGUGGUGACAUCACUGAGCUGGAAACGGAGGUGAAGAAGUUCAGCCAGCAACAAAGGACCCUGGUGGCAACCAUGCGUCGUUUCAGUGUGAUGAAGAAGGACAGUGAUGUGACGACUGACAUCAAGCUGCAGGCAGAGAGCAUCCACAGACAGCUGGACGACCUCUCCAAGAAGGCACAGAGUUUAGAAGACAUGCAGGGACUGGCUACAGCCACUACACGCAUUCAACCCUCCCAACACGCAGCGCUACUUAGACAAUUCCAACAGGUGAUGUGUCUGUACAACAACUCCAUCCUCAGUAAACAGGAGCAUUGUAAAAACUUCAUCAUCCGCCAGCUGGAGGUGUUUGGUCGUGACGUCACCGAGGAGGGAGUCGAUGAAAUGGUUGCCACAGGGAAGUGGGAGGUGUUUAACCAGAACCUCCUCAACGACGAACGCAUCACACGCGUUCAGCUGUCCGAGAUCGAGCAGAGACACAAGGAGCUACUGAAUCUGGAGAGCAACAUGAAGGAGCUGAGAGAACUGUUCAUGGAUAUCUUUAUGUUGGUGGAGGAGCAAGGAGGCUACAUAGACAACAUCCAGACCAGCGUAGAGAAGACACAGGACUACGUCACCAUCACUAACGAGAAAUUUAAAAUGGCCACCCGGUACAAGAAGAAGAACCCUCUAAGGAGACUGUGCUGCUGUUGCUGCCCCUGGAGGUGCUGCACAUAGAGAAGGGACAAGUCCCCUGAACACUGGAGAUAGCCCUGGAGGUUUUUCAGAUUGGGAAAGGAAGAGCUCUGGUGUGGAGUGUCUACAGGUAUGGGAGGGAAAUCUGUAGGGUGGCAUGGCAGAACAGUGUUCAGAGAAGAUUUAAGCCCAUUACAGUGGUCAGAAAUCAUCCAGGAACAAGAGGAUUGUAAGAGGCUGUGCAGUUGAAGCAGGGUGGGAGUCAGUGUCUCCACUCAUGAGAGACAACUUUAACACAAGACAUAAUGCAGUUUGAAAAUCAGCAAGACUGCUUACACACGUUUUCAAAACUGUCUCCUUUUUUCAAAACUCUACACACAAUUCCCAAAACUGCACACACAAAAUGCAAAAUGCCUCACAUCUUCUUCAAACUGUAACACUGCAUUCAAAAUGCCAUAAACACAUGUCAGAAUGAAGCAUUUGCAUCAAAUGGCAAACAUUGCUUUCAUAAUGGUACAUUUUUGGAUAUUCCAUGUAAACACUGUUGUUCUAAAUCUAAAGCUCUUUGGUCUUUCAUAGGCUUAUAU